GAAAAUAAAAACAGAAACUUACGAGCGCGUAGAAAUAUAAUCCCCACUUUUGCUAAGUUAUUUUACCUGUGUAAAAUAACUUCAUUAUGCUUCUUCUUUUUCACGCAAACUUUUUCUAAAUUACAGGAGCAGAAACAUUACUCCCUUUAACAAUUUAAGCCGUUCAUAUUUUCCGCAACUUUGAUACGCCCCACAUUACAUUUUUUUUUUUUUUUUUUGGUACCUUCGAAUGUGAAUACUUGCAAGCGUAUGUGAACAUGUGCGUGUUUACGUAAAAGCAGGUGAUUCCACCCAAAAAAUAAGUAACAUUACAUUGGAAACUCACCCCUUUGCAAAGAGAGCAAAAAAGGAUAAGCCACUUCACACCAGAUAUACUUCACCAAGUGGGAUUUCCCCUUUUGAAUAAGUUCCCCCUAAUGUUACGUUGACUACACUUUAUAAAUUAUGUUGCGGCUAAACAAUGCAAGACUUUUUUUCAAAAGUAAAAUUCGAUUAAGUGGCGGCAAGCAGCAUCCCAAAUGGGUUGUAAAGGACAAAGAAAAGUAUAACAUAUACACGUAUGAUAAUUCCUAUUAUGGGGAAAAUUUCAGAUACAACAAUUUUAUCCUACAUUUAAGAUCAUACAAGUAUUAUAUUGACUAUAUAGUGGAGAACAUUUACAGAUCUGUUAAAAAUGGUGGAAAAUUUUUCUUCAAUCCUGUGAAGAAUAUUAUAUUAAAACACAACCCAGAUGUUCGUUACCAGUUGGUAGCGCUUAUGGCUUUUUUCGGAACCACGUCAGCCAUAACAUGCUACCACAAUGGCAUCUACCAGAACAUUAUUGAUGUGACAAAUAUGCUGGAGUUGGGAGUAGUAGACGAUAUGAAGGACAACAGCUUUUUCGACACGCAGAGCGAAAUGCAGGGCAAAAAUAUCGACGAUUAUAGUAAGGACCAUGAAAGGUUGACCGACUUGUGGGAACGGGCACUGAAGGACGCGACGCAGAAAAAUAGCUUUGACCAACUGUGCAGCUACUUGGUCAUAAAGGAUGGCGAUCCCAUAGUUAACUUUAAGCCCAAGCAUAUCUGGAGAUAUAACAUGAUUCCCUAUGGCGAAAAUAACCCAGACACGAAGACGUUUGAAAUUCCGGCACACGAGAAGCCCUUUAGAUCCUUUGCAUUAAACUUCACAUAUAAUAAUCUCUCAGGAAAUUGGGGAGAUUACAUUGACAGAAGAGACAACAAGGGAUCUUUGCUAAGACCGUCAAGGUACAUGUUCACGGAUGUAAUAAUACCCGCCACAAAAUAAUUUUAAAAACAAUUGAGUUGCGAA